AUGGAACCCGCAGAGCUGCCUAGUUUUAUAUCGACCUUCUUCAGCAUGUCUCCGACGCGGCCUGCUGGCUCUCCAACGCCAACGCCGCCGGUUGUCCUGGAAAGUGAACCUGCUUUGGCCCUUCCCUCCCAGUGUGCAGCAGUUUCGAGUGGACAAGAUAUUCACCAAGUUCACUGUCCGGCUUCUUCACCCGACGAGAACGAGGGCCUUUACUUUGAUCAAGGCAGACACCCGUCUUCUUGGCACGAUCCUUCUGCCGCAUCCCCUGCCUCCUGCACUCCUUGGUAUUACCCAUCAUCUCCUAUUCCUCACAGUGUCCACCCGUCACCUGCCACAGAAUCGCAUCCUUCCUCCACUGUCCAUGUCGCCUUACCAUCACUGAAACGCAUUCGUCCUUCACCCAUACCUAACACGCACGCUCGCGUGUCUCCUACCCAUUAUCCUCCUUCCCCAACUCCCUAUGUCCAACCCACCCAUGACAGAGAAGGUUAUCCACUGUCGCGAGGCUGGUCUUCCGUCUUGCCGUGUGGAGGACCCGCUCCGGUUGGCAUCCUGUCGCAGUGCUCGCCAACUGACGGCUACGCAGGCACUGACCAUGGAAGUAGGGCAUUUAAACCUCCAGUAGAUCGCAGCCGUUACUGUCAACAGGUCUCUCCAGGGCCUUCGACUCCUACGGGGUCCGAGCCGGCUCCUGUAAACCACAUCAGAUCUGAUGCUACCCAGGUGUCCGGGUGGAAUUCCGCAGGGGCCGCAGUGUUGCAAUCAAUGCCUCCUGUUUGCACUACGCCCACAAGGACGCCCAGAGGGGUUGAGUGCGAUCCCUACAACUUCAUCUCCUCUCCGCGUUAUGAGAGCAUUCCUACAACGCCCUCGUUAAGUAGCUCUUCGGCCUCGCCAUCGCCGCUUCCAAACCAAAGCCUUCACUUCCAGACCUAUGUUAAAACUGAAGCCUCUACCACUCCAGCUGCGAGACCCCCUGGCACGAGAAGCACUUUUGGAGACCAUCUGCCCGUGCCCAUGUCUCUUUACAGCAAUGGUUUGAGGAAGAUGGGAUGGUGCGAGGGCUUCUGUCCGAAGAAAGGAAGGAAGACAAGCAUGGUGUGUUCGACAUGUGGAGUUAUGCUGUGUCUCGACUGCUACGCCACCUACCACAGGGCUGAUAUGUAA